UUCUGCGAAACAAAUUGGCGGUUAAUGGAAUUGUUUUUGCGUCCGUAAACUUAAUAAGAGGAAUUUGCUUUUUUUCAUUAAUUUUUUUUUUUUGAGGAUAUUAAAAUUAUUUUUACAAAGCAAAUCAAAGGACUCACCUAAUAAUAAUCAUAAUGGCUUUAAUGGCCUCCAACCUUACCAGUGAGGUUGGGUUGCGUAUACUCCUUUGUCCUCUUGGAUCCAACAUUGUUCUUCGAACAGCAUGUUGUUCUGUUGGGAUAGCUUUACCAGUGUACUCUACAUUCAAGGCAAUUGAGAACAAAAAUAAUGAUGAACAACAGAAGUGGCUUUUAUAUUGGGCAGCUUAUGGUUCUUUCAGCCUUGUGGAAGUCUUUGCAGAUAAGCUUAUUUCUUGGAUACCCAUGUACUAUCAUCUGAAGUUUGCAUUUCUUGUCUGGCUUCAACUUCCAACUUGUAAUGGGGCUAAGCAGGUGUACACGAACUACCUGCGUCCAUUCUUCUUGAGGCAUCAAGCCAGAAUUGACCAAGUUUUGGGUCGUACAUAUGGUGAAAUGGUCAAGCUUUUCAAUGCCCACAAAGCAGAAUUCCAUUAUUUCAGAACAGUCGUCUUGAAGAUUAUGGGAUCAGCUGACCAUUUUUUGAAAGGAGGACCCGAACCCCAUCGACCACAACAAAAUGCAAUUGAAGGUGGCCAAAGGGCCACAACAGCCUCGGUUAUAGAAUCUGAUCAUGAGGAUUAGUGCACUCUCCUGCUAAUUACGUAUGAUCGAAAACAAUUCACUCAGUUAUAUUCCAGACUCUAUAGACGUGUGUCGUUUUCUACUUUUCGUUUGUUUAAAAAAGAAAAAUCGAAAUCUGUGUAGUCUGGCUUUUGUACAUAUAAAUUAAUUAGCUCCUGGUUUUCGUUUGUUUUAAAAAAAUAAUGAAGAUAUUGAACAUUCUAUCAAAUGAGGAAAAAAACAUAUAAAAGAAGAAACAUAGUAACAUGAAAUUACAAAUGUCUGA